UACAGUAAGCAAAGGCAUUGGCACAGGCGAGCAUCGGUGACACCGGUGCAAUCGGUCGCCCACCACCAAGUGUUUGCCCCUUGCCUCGUUUGACCGCUAUCCUCUUGAAAACAUAAACAUGACUGACGAACUCAUGAAUCACUCAUGAUACGUCUGCCAACGGGCCUUGUUCCGUUGGUGGCGGCCUGGGGCCUUCAGAGCGCGCUUCACAGCGGGCUUGUAUGGCUCCAGGCCGACCAACCCACCUCAGCGCUUACUGCGCACGUAGUGCUGUCAAUGUUAACAUAAGUGUUAGUGCUGGCGGCUCUGGCAACGGUUCACCUGAGCUUUGCUCCUCGCGCUAUCAGCCAAAGUUCACAAACGGAAGAGCUACAAAUCUUCAUUAGGCUUCCUUCAGGGCAACUCGUCACGUUCGUGGGACCUGUCGAUGCCACUGUGGGCUCUGUCUUCGACUUUAUCGCUUCCACGACCCUCUUCCAUCUAGAUAACAGCCGGAUAUGGCGCUUGGUCGCGCGCGGCGGCGACACGCUGCUGGAGCGUUCGACCGUGCUGGCACGUCGUGGCCUGGCGUCCGGUUCCGAGCUGCAAGUGCUCGCACGGCUAAUGGGUGGCACUCCAAAGAGAAGGCCAUCAGCACCCUCAGACAACUGGCUCAGCCUCCACCGCUUCACCCGCUUCCAAAACCACUUCGGAGACCCCGUCUACACGUGCACCAACCCUGGAUGCGGCCUAGGAGACGCUGACGUUCCUGAGGGAGGGAGGGAUUCGCCUGCGGGUUCUGUUAGUGAGAGCGACAGCAUGGACACUAGCGGUAGCGGCACCGACAGAGGUAGCGGCACCGACAGCGGUAGCGGCACCGGCAGCGGUAGUGGCACCGGUAGCGGCACCGACGGCGGCAGCGGCGGGAAUGUUGGCAAUGGCAGUGACAGGAGUGGUGGUGGCUACAGUAAUAGCGGCAGCGCCCGGGUUGACAGCGACUACCUAUACUCCGAUGAGGAAGAGGAAGAUGCUGCUGACGCUGAACCGGGUCAUUUCCUGGCGGCAGCUCUACACCGCGUUGUGGCUUCUCUCGACCAGGACGACCCUGCCAACAUCAACACCAUUGAGCUGCUGAAUGCUAUUCUGCAGCAAUUCGGGCACCUGGCGCCUGUUGAAGGCGACGGUAUUGCUGAUGACCAAGCCGGUGCGGUUGCCAACGACCUUGCGGCGCAGGGCAUGGUCAUGCAACCCACCAACAUCUCCGAACUACAGCAUGGUGCGCGGUCUGUGCAGCACUUCAAGGGCAUCAUGUCAGAGCCGCUGUGGAGAACAGGCACUCAAUCUGCACCUAUCACUGUGGGGCAGUUUGCUUACGCUUGGAUGAAGAGGUUCUACGACUUCGGUGUCGAGAAUGUCGUGCGCGGCAUGUUCAUGGACCCACGGUUCUGCAUGUUUCGCGGCACAGGGCGCGACAACAACCCUGAUGACUUCUACGGCUCGCGGUACGCACAAGACAUCAAUGCCAAGACUUCCGGCGAGUUCAUCGAGCCUGACAGCUCCGCUUACGACCUGGGAUUUGACUUCGGCGAGGUCUUCUCGUUCAAGAAGUACAGCUGCGGGAUGCUGUUCAUUCGGUGCGCGGACCUGCCAGUGACUCACCGCAGCAAGCGCCGCCACUGCUUCCCCCUGAUCAUCACGCCCGGACAUUCGGAGCCUGACUCAAUGGAAGUCUACUUGCGCCCAACACUGACAGCAUUCAAGGCCUUCGGGCCUGGCACCGAGGGUAUGACCGUGGUGGACGCUGCUUCGGGCCGGACCUUUGGGCACAAGAUGUUUCUGGGCGGUAUCUUUGCUGAUACGCCUGCUAACCGGACGUUGAGUCUUUGGCUCUCCCAUGCGGCCAAGAACGCAUAUGCCAGAGACUGCACUAUGCGGUGACAGCAGGAUCCGGAUCUCUCAUGCGCACCACAUGGAUCGGGCACAGGUUGUGGAAAGUAAUCAUGACUUGGCAUCAGCGCUGGGUUGCCAUGGCAUUUCCUGCAUAGCGAAGGAGCUGUCGUACAUAGACAUGAAUAACGUGUGGGUUGUGCCCAUAGCGCAUGCAGCUCUGUUCGGUGUCAUCAAGAAGUUCUGGCACUUUGUGCUGGGCGAGUCCGUCAAGAAGGCUGAGAGUGACUUUGUGUUAAGUAUAGAGGCUCGUCGCAGAAUGACUGCACGUGCAUCCCAUUUCAUCAUUACUAAUGACUUUAACCGACCCUACCGUGACAUUGUCCCCUGCUCGUACUGGACCAUGGAAGAACUGGACCAUGGACGGACUGCUUCUCCCUAUACGUCCUGCACUCGCACGGAGGGGAUCCUAAUAAAGUUGUGAUGCCGGUAGUUACACGGAAAGAUGAUGCAGGGCUGGAUCGUGAGUUUGACCUGGGGAGAAUGUGGGAGAUGUUGCGCACGGCCAUGCUGCAUUAUCUGCGGUAUGACCAAUUCUCGGAGGCUGCGUGUGACAGUGCAGCAGUAACCUUCAAACAGUUCUGCUGUGACUCGGAGCUCGUGUUUGGCAUGAAGUUUGCUACCUACAACAUGCAUCUACUGGCAUGUAGGCUACGCGAGCAGGAGCGUGCACGUGGGCACGUGGCGUUUGCAACUGAGUUCUGGGUCGAGCGCGGUGUGCAGCAGGUCAAAAGUGGGGUCAAGUUCCGCACAACCAGGUGUCCAGAGCAAAUUAUUGUGAGUGGGUUCCUUGCAAGUGCCCGGCUCGCUGAGAUGCGAGCUGAGCGUGGCAGGGGAGGUGGCACCGCGGAUGGUGGUGCAGCGGGGCCAGCCGGGGUAGAGGCCGGCCAUGCACUGGCUGCGGGUGGGAGCCAGUACAAGUCAUUUGAUGAGUGGGUGCCAAAUUACCGUGCAGCACACGUCACAUUGACGGGGGAUGUUUGCGCGGAUGUAGAGGAUGGUGAGGGUUCCCAGCUGCUUGGGCGCGGAUAUGUGGCGGGUCCGACCGAGCGGACAGUUGUCUUCGAAGCAUUCAUGAAGGCUUUUAGUAAAGAGGACUUCGAGACACGUUCAGGUGUGGUGGAGGGUGACUUGCAGAACGCAAGUGUUAUUAUAUUCAAACGUGCACUUGUACGACGUGACCAGGUUUUACUAUCUACAAAGUAUAACUUGACCACUGCACGUGAGUCAUUUUAUGUGAAGACUAAGUAUGCGCCAUCCCUUGACACCCCAGAGGACGAUCAGGACGUGUCUGUGUAUGUUGGAGAGGUUGCAUUCUAUGCUCGUGUGCAAACCGUGCGUGGGGUUGUAUGCCGUGUGGCGAUUUGCGAAUUGCAUAAGGUGGAGGUGGUACGGCCGCAGUCGUUGUACUAUGCUGCAGACUUUAGUCGCCGCAAGGCAACCCCCAACCAAGAACGCCAGCAGACGUUCCUGAACUCGUUCCCCGUGCUAUUGCAAGCCAUUGACUCGAAGGUGAUGCGCUGCAAGCUCGACGAGAAUAAAAGUUACUUCAUUACGUACCACUUGUUUUCUCAGUUGCCAACCAAUGAUGGUGAUUGGCAAGGAGCAGUGCAAGUUGGGUAGCCGCUCACGCGGCUGAUGCAGUCUGUAACAUGAUGAUGUC